AGAUCACAUGUACGUGUAUGAAGGCAAAGAUUAUUCAAAAGAACCCAGCAGAGAAGACAAAAAAGCAUUUGAUCAGCUUUUGGAUCUUCAGAAAGCAUUGAUUGAAGAGACCAGCAAGGAAGGGAGAGCUCUCCGGAACAAAGCAAACGCCCUUCUUACAGGCCUCCGGGAGCAGUCGGCCAGGAGGAAGCACUUGCUGAGUGAAGAGGAGCUGGAGGCUCGGAGGAAGAAGCGCCAAGAAGCAGCAGCAAAGAGAGCAAGGCUCAUGGAGGAAAAGAAGGCAGCAAAAGCAGAGGCAGAGCACAAGAAAAA